AAAAAGAUACGAGGUUGAAGUAGCCGACCAUCCGUCGCUAUAGCAACUGUGUUGGAGGAUGUACACGACCGCGGAAAAUGGCGACCGUCAUAAGAUUACUGCGGCGGACUCCCAAUAUAAUGGAGCAAGUUUUUGAGAGAAACAGGGCUUCUGAGGAGCAGCGAUGGUUGGAAUGGAAAGCUUCGGUCCACAUCCAAGCGUGGUUCCGGGCCGUCAGGGUGCGGUCCUACCUCAAACACCUGCACAGGUGCGCCACGGUGGUGCAGAAACAGUGGCGGGGCUACCUGGGCAGGGCCUUCGUACGGAUACUCAUCAGGAACCAGGUGCUUAUCAUGCGACAGAACUUCUACAAUGCCAUGGCCACAAUUAUCCAGAAAAUGUGGCGGGGCUUUUACACAAGGAAGUACAUCUUCAAUUACUACAGUCGGAAGAGGUACCUUGAAGGGUUGCUUGUGAAAAACCAGAUUGUAAGGCAAGAACUUGAGGAAUACAGUGAACAGAAAAACCACGAGAGGGCCAUAGAAUGGGAACAGAAGAUGCAGCAGAUGAUAAUAGACGACGCACGCAAACACCAUUACCUUCUCAGCACACAAGUGGUCCCCGGCAUCUACAACUCUCCCUUCCAACCUUACCCGGAUGAGAUGGAGAUGAUACUACGGAGUGUCCAGCCCCGCCCGCCACCAGGACCCAAGCCAAAGAGAGACAAUAGAUCAGGGAUCGUCAUCCCGCCCAGCCCCCCUCUACCACUCACUGAGCCCCUCCCACCCAUCGGGGAAAGUAAAUUGCAGGGGCCAUUUAGAACACCAGAAGAUGUCGUCAAGCAGCGCUACAAGCCACUACAGCCAACCCUGAGGGUAGCCACCUCCUAUACAUCGGUAGAGGAAGCACGAGAAGCCAUGAAAGCUAAAGAGUGGGUCAUGAGGGUUAACGACAAUAUAUUUGAACCUUUUACAAGACGAGAUAGAGCCUAUGAUCCCCUUCUUCAUACCACUUCCAAGUAUGGCCACCUACCGUAUGGGACUCGAUUCUAUCGUGAGACAGAGGAGUCCAAGAAUAUUACAGCAGUGAGGUUCCAGCCUGUGGUUUCCCCGAUUCCUGUCUUUGAGAAACUCAACGACACUUAUUCCAAGGGGACCGAGACAGUUCCAUGAGAAGACACCAGAUCUAGAAGAGUCUCCAAGCUAAAAAUGUUCCUUUGAGCCUCCUUUUCUGUGGUGUGUCUGUUGAAUUGUAUUGUUAGAUUUUUAAAAAAAUUAUCGGAGAAAGGUUACCAAGAUUUUCAUGGUUAAUGUCCACAACCAGUAAUGACUUGACCCAACUUUUUUCUAGAAGAGAAUUGUUCUUGAAAAUUCACAAAACUUAUGCAAAAUUAUCUGUAAAUGAACUGAAAUUUCUAAAAAUAGUCCUGCAAUGUGACUAAUACUGUUGAACAUCAGGUCUUUAAAGGCAUACAGGAUCAUUUGCAUUUAUCCCAAAAGUAACCGAAUAAUUUUUUUAUCAAAAAGCUUUGCUUGGAUUAAAGAUCGUACUGGGUACUAAACAUCCCUUGAAAUUAUUCCGUCUGGCUUGCUGUCAUUUAGAGGAAAUCAAGAAAUGUAGGUGAUUUCCAACAAUUCAGUCAAUUGACUGAUUUUUGGAAAUAAAGAGUGCUAUAAAGUUAGAGGAAAUCAAAUCGUGUUUCAUGAUCCAAAGGUUGUGCAUGGUUUUGCACUGUUUUCCUGAAAAGUGUAAUACCCACCGAGUUGAAACUUUAACAGGUUAGGUUUUGAACAUUCGUCUUUGGAUUUUGAGUGGUGCUAUUAUUGGAAACAAACAGAAUGCAUGAAAAGCAAAUGAUCCUAUAUGCCAUUAAAAAAAAAAAUAAGUCCAUGUUUCUAAAAGCUUAUCACGUAUAAAAAAUAAAGUCUUGAACCAAGCAUGGCCCAUUUCCAGACAUACCACAGAAAAAGGCACUAAUUUCAUUUUGUAAGUUUAGUUAUUGCAAAUAUCGAGGUUCAUAAUGUGAUGUUGUGCUUCUACUGUAACCGUCCAUAUAAGACGGAGUUGUAUAAACCAAGUAAAAAAAUAAAUUGUUAGUCAUAUGACAUGUUCAGUCUGAAGUUGAAUGACAAGCUAUUCAAAUGAAGUUUGACAAAGGUAUUCCUUUGUCAUUGUUCAGCGUCUGUUUCUCGUAAGUGAUUUUGAGUGGAUAACAACCUGGCUAUAAGAUUUCUAAAAUUAGACAAACAAGGCUUGCUUCACAGCCAAAAAAGUUGUGCUAACUUUAAAACCCUAAUCAUGCUCAAUUCAACAAUAUUCUGCAUAA